AAAGAACCUUAAUUAAUGUGUGUUUUCAUAACUAUAAAAUAUUCUUUAAAAAUGUUUGCUGGCAGGCUGGGCAUGAUGGCUUACACCUGUGAUUACACUUUGGGAGUCUGAGGCAGGUGGAUUACCUGAGGUCAGAAGUUCAAGACCAGCAUGACCAACAUGGUGAAACCCCAUUUCUACUAAAAAUACAAAAUUAGCCAGGUGUGGUGGCACAUGCCUGUAAUCCCAGCUACUUGGGAGGUUGAGGCAGGAGAAUAGCUUAAGCCCAGGAGGUGGAGGUUGCGGUGAGCCAAGGUCAUGCCAUUGAACUCCAGCCUGGGCAAUAAGAGCAAAAUUCUGUUUCAAAAAAGAAGGAAAAAAUUGUUUACAGUCUCUGCAAUAAAGCGAACAAUUGCUCACUGUCUAUUCCAAUAGUGCAGACCGGGGAGGGUGGGAAGUGGGCAGCAGCCCCCGUAACUGCAAAUCUACCCCCAGUGUUCAUCAGGCACCUACUUUGUAAUUAGCGCAGAAAACAUGUAGGACCAGGUUGCUUCUCUCCAGAAUUACCAUGAGUUAGGAAGAAACAAAAUGCAACACUUAGGAAGAGAGAAUUCAGCGUGACCUGGGCUAUUGAGAGAAAUCUUUACGGAGAAUGGAAUGUGAAUGCCGGGCCUCACAGGGAGGCCAGGAUCUGAUGAGAUUGGGAGAGAAAGGGAAAGUCACUGUAAGUAUCUGGUAUCAUCUUUUUGGUAAAUCAGGAUCCUAUAGCCUUGAAGGGAUAGUAUUUUCAUUGCGUAUUAGUUAUUUCGCAGAGGCGGCCUUGCAUUCUUGUUACUGUUCAUAUUUAAAGAUGUGGGAGAUGUUGGGCGUGACUGUGGAGGGCCGCGCCCUCCCCACCCAGAGUGAAGCUUGUCUGGGCCCUGGCUUCAGCAGCUAAGCAGGCACAGCAUCUCUGCAUCCCCUCUUGACUUUGAGGAAAUAUUUGUCAUGGAGACUCAGGUUUCACAAGCACCUACCCAGUGCUGGGCUGCACUGAGCUCCUCACAAAGGCCCCAUGACAUGGAGGUGAUUAUUUGCAUUUUACUGAUGAGGAAAGUGAUGGCUUAGAGCGUAGCUCAAUAGGGUCACACAGCCAGGAUGCGAAACUCCCGGAAAUAAAUGAAGACCACACAAAGGACAGCAUACACUUCCGGGGGGAUUUUUUUAGGGGGUAUGCUUUGAAUGCUACAGGAGUCUCCAUGGAAGCCAUCCUCAAACUCUUUGGAGAAUACUUCUUUCAAUUCUGUAAGAUGUCUGGCUAUGACAGGAUGCUUCGGACACUCGGAGGAAAUCUCAUGGAGUUUAUUGAAAACGUGGAUGCCCUCCACAGUUACCUGGCACUCUCCUAUCAGGAGAUGAAUGCACCAUCGUUUCGUGUGGAGAGAGGAACAGAUGGGAAAAUGUUUCUCCAUUACUAUUCAGAUAGAAGUGGUCUGUGCCACAUUGUCCCAGGUAUCAUUGAGGCUGUGGCCAAAGACUUCUUUGACAUUUAUGUAACCAGGGACAUUCUUGACACGAAUGAAGAAGUGGAAAGGACAGGGAAGAAGGAGGAUGUUGUGUUUCUGAUUGUACAAAAGGCUUGCGGGAAGAUAAGAAAGACAAAGACAAACAGGUUACAAGACAAUCAGGGCAUCGAGAGAGACCAAGAGGCCUUCCAGGCAGCUCUUCUCAGAAUGAAGGAGAAAUAUUUAAAUAUUUCUGCUUGUCCUGUGAAAAAAUCCCACUGGGAUGUUGUGAGAAGCAUAGUCAUAUUUUGAAAAGGGCAUGUCGCAAAUGACUUCCAGCCAGUUUAUCCUGAGAGACUCUGGAUUGAAGAGAAGACAUUCUGCAAUGCCUUUCCUUUCCACAUUGUAUUUGACGAAUCGCUACAGGUCAAGCAAGCUGGAGUGAACAUUCAGAAGUAUGUUCCAGGACUCCAAACCCAGAAGAUUCAACUGAAUGAGUAUUUCUCCAUCAUUCAUCCUCAAAUUACCUUCAACAUUUUCAGCAUUCGCAAAUUUAUCAACAGUCAAUUUGUCCUGAAGACGCGAAGAGAAAUGGUGCCUGCAGCAUGGCAAAGUCAGCCCACACUCAAACUUCAAGGCCAGAUGAUCUGGAUGGAUUCCAUGCAGUGCAUGGUGUACCUGUAUUCUCCAAAGCUCCACAGCCUGCAAGAGCUGGAAGAAUGCAAUAUGCAUCUUUCUGACAUCGCCCUCCAUGACACCACCAGGGAUCUCAUCCUCCUGAACCAGCAGCAGCUGGCUGAGAUGGAGCUGUCCAACCAGCUGGAGAGGAAGAAGGAGGAGCUGCGGGUCCUCUCCAAGUACUUGGCCAUCGAAAAGAAGAAAACAGAGACUUUGCUUUAUGCCAUGCUUCCUAAACACGUGGCCAACCAGCUGAAGGAGGGCAAAAAGGUGGCUGCAGGAGAAUUUAAAAGCUGCCCAAUCCUUUUCAGCGAUGUGGUGACAUUUACCACCAUCUGUGCUGCCUGUGAACCUAUACAGAUAGUGAACAUGAUGAACUCCAUGUACUCCAAGGUUGACAGGUUAACCAACAUGCACGCAGUCUAUAAAGUAGAAACAAUUGGAGAUACUUAUAUGGUGGUAGGAGGUGUACCAGUGCCUGUUGGAAACCAUGCUCAAAGAGUGGCUAAUUUUGCCUUGGGGAUGAGGAUUUCUGCAAAGGAAGUGAUGAAUCCUGUUACGAGAACCCAUCCAGAUCGAGUGGGUGUCCAUACUGGACCAGUCUUAGCUGGUGUUGUGGGAGACAAGAUGCCACGGUAUUGCUUGUUUGGUGACACUGUGAACACAGCUUCUAGGAUGGAAAGUCAUGGGCUUCCCAACAAAGUACACCUCAGCGCCACAACCUACAGAGCCUUGAAAAAUCAAGGAUUUCAAAUCAUUGAGAGAGGUGAAAUCGAAGUGAAAGGUAAAGGGAAAAUGACCACAUACUUUUUGAUCCAGAACUUGAAUGCCACAGAGGACGAGAUCAUGGGAAGACCUAAAACCCCACGUGAUCACAAGGCGUCAACACAGGUAGCGUCCCUGCCCACCACCAUGCUCCAAGGCUCAGUUCAACCAUCUUGCCCUGAACAUGCUUCUCUUGCAUCCUGGUUAUUAUGAUGUUCUCUGAGCUGGGCCGAUAGAUCCAGCUAGAGUUCUACAUACACGAGUCUUCGAGGUUCUUCUCUAGGUACGUCCCAUGCAGCUCUUAUUUGCGAGUGCUUUCUCUGCUCGCCAGCUUCAGAGGUUCCAGCACAGGCUUCUUCGCAUGCUGGAAACUUUUGCCUUCCACAUUUUGUUCUAGCUUCCAAAAUAGACGAGGGACAAAAUUCGUGACUCACCCAGCUCCAGGACUGACAAGAGGGUGGGAGUUUAGGGUAAAACAACCCAGUGCUAAGCUGGACCAGGGAUUACCAUUUGGCUCAUGGUAACCCCCAAAGAAGCUAGAAUCCAACAGUGAGGUCUCCAUUGCAGGGCUGAUCCAUCCCACACACUCAGGUCCUCUUAGCUACAGCCUAAGACGGAAGUGCUGUCCUGAAGCGGAAACCCAGUAGCAGGAGGCAAGCGUUUCUGAACCUCCAAGAAGGGAAUGAAUUCCUUCUGACAGGAGCUAAUCUUUAGCUACUCCUGUGAGAGGCCCACAGGGGAAUCUCAAAGUCCAGAGGUUCCUUAUUUACACAGCUAUUACAUGCAGCAUGUCUCUUUAGGACAUGUGGAUUAUGAUGACUAUUUUUAAAAGUGGGGCUAUCCCAAAGAAAAGAUGGGUUAUUUGAGGAACUUUUAAAAUCGUUGUCAUGAUGCCUUCAUUCUAACAUCAGCUCACCUUAGCAUCCCUGUAAGCCAUAGUUGAGUUUUUAAAAUUUAGAUCCACAUUUUACUGAUGUGGGCACUGGGAUACAAAGAUUUAAAUAAAAAACAAGAAAUGACUUUGGCAAUAAGGACCAGGAGCAGUCCUCAUUAGAACUUUUAGCCCCAGAAUUUCCAGGCUCUGGGCAGCUCAUCCUGAUAUCUCCCCCUCCCUCCCGCCCUCAUGCCAGCCUCACAGCACAGAGGGUUUCUAGAGAGAAGGCAAACAAACUUUUCCUCCUUUUCUCUUUGCUAUCAGAAAUGGACAAAGUAGAGUGGGGAGGGGCAUCAUGCCACAUGAUCAUUGGAGAGGAGAAGGCCGGGCCGGAGGCUUUGGCACAGGACAGGGUGGAUGGGUCUCAGCUCUGCCUGGCUCUAACCCCACACUGCUCUCUCCCACUCGCCCACUGAGGGUUCCCACACUUCUUAGAGAAACAGUAUUCUGGAUCAAGGGAGCCAGUAGAAUCGAACCCACUUUCAGUUCUGAGCUAGGGAAAAGGAAUCCCAAGUAGAAAGUGAGAAAGAGUGCCUGACCCGGAGCCCUCAGAAUGGAGCCUGAGAAUGAGGAGGGAGGGAGGGUGUGAAAGGAAGGUGAGGGAUAGCAGCCCCCCAUCCCCCGAGGCCCCAAACAGUGCCUCUGUGUAAAUUAACAACAAGGACUCCUUUGUGGGCUAUGGGGUGGGCAACCCCCCAGACAUGGCUUCUUAUAGAAGAAAAUGGCCACCCUCUGUCUGGCUGACGUCAGUCCUCACCCUGAACCCCUUGGCCAGGUGCCUCCAUGUAGAGAAAACCGUACAAACAUAUAUGUGGUCCCAGGAAGGAAGGAAGGAAGGAUCCAGCCCUUUCUUUUCAUGCUUCUGCGCAUUUCCCAGCCCCCUGUCCCUUUCCCCAGCAGCCCUGGAUAUCCAGCUGUGAGCCUCAGCCACCAGGCUCUGGGGGAGGGUAAGUCUGUCUCUCCUGUCUGCCUUCAUCUACCCUGGAGGUGAUGUCAGUCCUCACCCUGAACCCCUUGUCCAGGUGCCUCCAUGCACUACCCUGGAGCGCAGCAUGAGGAGGGGCUCCAGCAGGAAGGCCAGGAACUCUCAGGGGAGACUCAUGCAGAUACUGCUUCCUAAGGAACCCCAUUAAACUUCCAGGGGCCAGGAUGUUUUCUCCCAGUGACAAUUGACAUCUCCACGUGGCAAGAUAGAGAAUCUCAAAGCCAUUGCGGGGGAGGGACAUGGAAACACUAUUGUGUCCACUGAUGCUAUCUCUAGAUUGGUCUGUUUCCUUAGAUUAUCUCCGAUGGGACACACAUUAUUUUUGGGGGGGUUCUUAGAGAGGAGCAGGAGCCGGGCACUUCAGUGAUUCUUAUGUGCAGUCAACAUUCAGAACUAUGUCUAAGACCAAAGCAAUGCAGAAGAAAGGGCCCUACAGGGUCUUUCUUGUGCCCCACCCUACCCUGGCACGCAGGGACCCAGAGGUAGCAGGAGCAAGAAAGGAGAGCAUCCAGGAGAGCGCUUCCUCAAACGAGCCUCCUCUCCUCCACUCUGCUCUCAGACAGUGCAUUUCCUCGUUCUAGGCAAUGAGUCCAUGAAACACAUUAAAUGUCCUUCAGCCUCCCUAGCACGACAUCCAACAACUGGAGCUUCCGUUCAGUCCUUCACAUGAUGGACACCUUUGGGAAACCUCCCAGGACAGCCGAUGUUCAGAGGCAUUAAAAAAAAAACAAAAAAAACUCCCAUUUCGGCCACCAUGAAGCCUGCUCAUGCAACCAUCCUCACUUUUCCUUCCUCUCACGGUUUUUGCAGAAGCAAGUGCUCAGGGAAAUCAAGACAGGAGAACCGUUGCCAUCAUGAGGUAUGCCGACAGUCAGCAGCUGCUCCCCGACAGAGACGCAGCAGACACAGACGGUGAGUGCAGCAGGCCUGGUCUAAAAUACUUCUAGCCCUGCCUUGCUCAUAAAGAGAAUCAGACACUUCAGAGGUCACUUCACGGGUGGUGAGAAAAAGCCAGAGAGGGAUAGCGUAGGUGGAGUUUGGGGUCCUGGGCAGGACACUACUGACUUGCUCGCUGUAUUUUGAAUGAACUUUUGUUUUGAGCUCCCCCAUUGCAGGUGCCCCAGCGGCUCUCAUGCUGGCAGGACUUCUAUACUCGCUUCUAAAAGAAUCUCUAAUACCAGAAAAACUUAUUGCUUUCUGCGCAUCCACAAAACAAAGUUUCUCUGGACAGUGUGGCCCCAAGUAGCUUGCCUCAUCUUACUAAGGAAAGUGGAGACUUCCUGUUCCUGCACCAUCUGGUGCUUUACAGGGACCUCAGGGCACUGACACUUCCAACAGCCCAGUUACCCUCUUCUCUACUUUGUCCUGAGAGUUGUAGGGACAGGAGGGUUUGCUUCAUUUGUGCUUAUUCUGGGCUGUCUUGGCAGUCACUCAGCCACCUCAGAGCCAGAACAAUUCUCAGGACUGGUUUGGAGUAUGGAGUCACAAAGGAAUCAUGAAGAACCAGGGAUGGGUGGACAAUAUGAACCCCUGUAGCAGCAGCUCCCCCAGCCCUUUCUAGAACCCCCAUACUAGGCGAUCCAUGUGGAGUUAAGCAAGUCAUGGCCACAGUGCAUGUUUGUUAGAGAGGAUCACAGCUCAUGCAUUUUCUAAAAACCAUCUCUGGUCACUGAGACAAUUUCUUAAGACAAAUGAAAGAUCCAUGUGAUGAGAUAGAACAGCCUAAAAAUCCAUAUGAAAAGUCCAGCUCUCGUUAUCUCUAUUAGACAAUGUCUCUAAAGUUGAGUGUUGCUUGAGUGCUUGGCAUUGGCACUGCCCUGAUGCCCGAAGGCUUCCCUCUAGCUUGAUCCUAGAACCUGAGAUUGAGGCAAUGAAUAGCAGCCUCAUGUUGAUUUCAGGUGAGAGAAGACUCUGAUCCUGGGGUCAGUUGGAUGUUUGGAUUCUGGGACAUGAGAAGCUCAAAGCAAAGUUUUUGCCUUUGCCUAGAGGCAUAUCCCUCCUCUCCCCACGCCUCUCCCUUCUGGAGUUGCAUAUUUCUGGCAAUGCCCAAAACCCUGAAUAGUCGUCCAACCUAUUACAUUAUAGAAUUAUAACACUCGUAGAUCCAUUCGACAGUGUUCCUGGAAAAGUGUUGCUGCUGCAGGAAUGGGCAAAGCAUCCAGUCACUGUCCUGUGAUCUGCGAUGCUCAUUAACUAAACAUAUGAGGUCCCUGCCUUUGGGCAGCUUGUGGCUUAGUAGAAGGAGACAGACAAUUAACAGGUAACUAAACAAAUAAGACGGUUGGGGUAGUGAUGAAUGUCAAGAAGAAAACAAAACUGAGUAGUGGAGAAGAGGGCCAGUGAAGCCUUCUGAGAGGGAGCAGCAUUUCAGCCGGGACUUGGAUGAAGGAAAACCCCCAUGUGGCCACCUGGGUAGGGGCUUCCACAGAGCGCUGUGCCCAAGGCAGGAACAGCCUUGGCAAGUUCACAGGAGACAAGAAGACCAGUGUGCCUGGAGAGGGCUGGAGGAGAAAGGGAGCCACAGGGAGGAAGUCAGACAGGUGUGUGGGGGCCUGGUAGUCUUGGCCUUGAGACUGCUUAUGGAUGUACAAAAAAGCUUGAGCGUGAAAUGGGGGGCAGGUGAAGACUUGCUGGGCUCCCUGGGGAUCUCCAGAGGGAGAACGGCUCUGCCAUUUGAUUCAUAAACAGCUCAGAAGGGAAGGUGUAAAAACUCCACAUGCUCCAGGAAGAUGAGCAAACUCAUUUUUCAAACUUCUGUUGCAUGGGAGAUGGGGAGGUCCCUCCACAGGGACCAACAGGGACCAACAGGACUGGGCAGGGCUGGGUGUCUUUCUUAGAGGUGAAGACAGAACUUUCUCAGCCCCUCUUCUAACUAUGGCUUUCCUGGACAUAAAGCAACACCAACAACCAGAGAGAGAAAUUCAGGCCACCUCAGUUUGGGGGGAAACUGGAGGGUGAACUGGCAUUUUUUGGCAGCUACUUUGUGACAGGCAUUUGACCCACAACAUCUUAUUUACACAACAGUUAUAUGAGGUCCCACAACUAGUAAGUGGAAGAAAUAGCAUUUGAUCUUCAUUUCACACUUGUUUGUCUUGGGCAGAUCACGUCCCUGUGAGUUCGUUUUGAUCAUCAGACUGAGACAAUUCCAUAGUUUCCCUAAGUGCUGCCCACUGAACUUGAACUUCUUGGAUUGGCAAUGGCCCAGCCUUGUGUCUCUCAGAUCCUCGGGGCCCCAUCUGAACAGAUCUCUGUUCGGUGUGAUUAGCAGGCGUAUUCAUAAGGAAUCCCUCCCACACUGUGGGUGCAUGACAGACUGGUGUGCACCAAGAGUGCCACUGGACCCAAAGCCACCCACACCCAGACGUACUGAACCAGAAACUACCUUUUCACAAUGUGCCCCAGUAAUUUUGAGUUUGGGUUUACCAAUGACAUGGGCUUCUUCCUUAUCUCUGAAAGUUGGCAACAGACAUAGAAUUUAGCUGUGGCAGACUCAUGCCACCUGCUCAUGGGACCUGCCUCUUCACUGUGGUUUGGGUCCCAGUUCUCAUGGGUUUUCAGGUCCAGCUAGGUCUCCUAUAUCAUGCUUAGCUCUGAAGGCAGUAAAGGCUGCCAGAGCGUCACGGUGGGAGCCCCCGCCCUCGCCACUACCCCUGGGCCAUCCUGCCCAGCCCCUAUGUGGGCAUCACAAUGAGGAGGUGUCUCCAUCAGUAGCCAUGGCCUGUCAGGACUCUUCAGAGGCCAGCCUGCUUCCCAGGCUCCAGGCAGCUGGGCGGACAUUCAUUCAUCAUCUCUACCACCAGCCUCGCCAGGUGGUCACCUGGCUGCCAAACAUGAUGGCUUUCCAGUUGCACACCGUUCCAUCUGACUAGGCUCUCUCGGGUGGGAAACAGGCACUCCUGCCCCCUCUCCCCAGAGAGGACCAUGGAUCCUGAAACAAUAUCUCAGAGCCGUGGCAGCCCGUGCAACUGCAGCGCACCUAGACCUCUCUCUUCAGGCCAGCUGAGGCCUGGGGCUCACCCCUCUCUCGACCCUCUUUAAAAACGGGGGCACAUGGAGUCCCUCAAGGCUUAGCCACCUUAUGCCAGGGCAGUAGGGAGUGCUCAGCGGAACCCAGGCCUGCAGGCUCCACGAAGGACCCAUUUGCACUUCAAUAAAGCGCUUUUCUUUCACUCAACUAUGUAUCUUGGUGUUAGAUGUGUCAGUGAGGAGACUCCCCAGUGCAAUUAAACAGGAGUAUUGAGCCGGAGAGAAAUCAGUGUGUGUUGACUCGGAUAUUUAAGCAACCACCUUUCAGUAUUGACUCAGAAAUUGGCCUUCCAGCUGUCCCUGCUGGCAGACUCUUCUGGCAUCUCGUCAAGCCCCUGUUAAUGUGUUUUUCAAAUUUCAGCUUGCUUCAACUUGUCUCCUGACUGAUCCUCCUGAUGAUGAUAAUAAUCGUUUCCAGGCUGACCUGCACACAGCACUUAGGCAAGUAGCCCAGGCCCCUCUCUGGAGGUGACCCCCUCCUUAUAAAUCACAGUCAGAGGACGUUUGCUUGCUGGGUUCGCGGCAGGUUAAGUCAGCUUGGGGGACUUCUCAAGCAACUCCUAAUUGUUCCUCUGGAGAACCUGAGUGGUGAGGGUCUCUCUCCUGAUGGGGUUAGACUUCAGUGGUCUGCUGCUGAAGGGGGCCGGGUUGCUGAUUCCCUCCAAAUUUUAUUCACUCUUCCAAACAGGAAGAGCUUUCCCACCAUUUGCAGUCCCCCUGACGAGUAAUUCUUGGAUGGGUUUGUGGUCACUUAAUUGCCGGCGCGCUUGCCCCUUGCUUUACAGAGUCGUGACUAUACAAGCACCUUUCCCAGCCGUGGCCAAUUAGUGGGGCCCCAGCUGGUUUGGAGCCAGGCUUCUAAGGAAGGCUGGGUCCCUGUUCUCAGCUCCAAGGCCUUUCCUGUAGCCUCUCUGAGGCCUUCCUAAGUGCUGCUGUCAAACUUUGCUGAACUUUCCCCCUUGCAGCUAAUGAGUGUCACAGCUAUUUUUAACCUCGCGUUUUCCAGAAUUUGAGCUGUUAACCCAGCUUCCACAGAAGGAGGAUCCUGGGAGGUAGAAAUGGACCCUUCACACACAAGGAGGUAACUAAUGGAAGAACAUAGGAUUUUCAGUGUCAGGGCUAGCCUUGAAGUUUUGUGUGUUGUCACCCUGGAUAACAUCCACCAAAUGUUAAAUCAGAGCUGGUCGACACAGGCGACACAGCGGGGAGGGCAGCCGGACCAUCUGUGGAAAACCUGUUGACAGUAGAGACAGCUGAGCCUCACCUGAGUGGAAUUUGGCAGGUCUGCACUAGGGCUGUGAUUCUGGUUCGUUAACCAACUUUAUAGGGGAUUCUGAUGAGCCAGCCGCCUUGAGGAUGACCAUCAUGAUGGAAAGCGUGUUAGACUGAAAUCAGAAUUCCAGGUCCUGGCAUUCAGUGACCUGUGUGUCACUUCAGGCAAUCCUCUUCACAUCAUUUUUCUCAUCCUGAAGACAGGAUUCACAGGGUUGCUUUAAGAAGUAGAUGAGAUCUGAAAACAGCAUCUGAGUGUUGGGUGUGCGAACGCUGAGUCAGUUGGGCAUUCAUUCGCUUAACAAAUAUAUGGGUCUUAACACAAAACUGUAAGAGGUACUGAGGUACUGCAGAGGUGCUAUUUUUCUUAAGGUAUAAUCUGUUGCAAAGAGCUUUAGACAAAUGGGGCGGAGGAAUCUACACGGGAAGUCAGGCUCCCAGCCUUGUGCAGGGCGCUCCAGAGUGACAGUGUGCACAAGUGAUGCUGAAACACAUACUGGGACUUGGAAAACCUCUUAGACAAGGUGCACAUGACAGCAGAAAUGAGAAUAGGCAAGGACCUGCUCUGGUCUCUUGAAAACAUGGGGACUUCUGGAAGCUGGGAAUUUAUUUCCUGCAUGGCAUGGCCUCUUUUGCCCAUGGAUGGAAAUUGGCAGGAUGAUCCUAGAAUACCACUCCUUUCAUCCUGGAAAUGCCAUUGCAUUCUUUGUAUCACUAGGGUAGAAGUCUACACUUGCUGUUAGAGUUUCCCCUAAAAUUUCAUUUUUGGAAUUUGUGUCUCUUUUCUGUGUUCACAUUUCCCCUGCCCUUUUUCUAGGAUGGGGGUGAAUGCUGGGAAAACUGAGGUGGAAGUAAGUGGGAGGGAUACAGGGCUCUGCACAAGUGGAGACCACAUAGAACCACGUGGGGGUGGGGAGAGAGGUGGGAUGGUGGCACAAGCCCUGUGCUGCCAAGGACCAGGAUGGGUUGAAGCCAUGGGUUAGGUGAAGCCAUCAGGGCACAAUUUCAGCUCACUGCAACCUCCACAUCCCAGAUUCAAGCGAUUCUUCUGCCUCAGCCUCCUGAGUAGCUGGGACUACAGGUGUGUGCCACCACGGCUGGCUAAUUUUUUGUAUUAUUUUUAGUAGAGGUGGAGUUUCACCAUGUUAGCCAGGAUGGUCUCGAUCUCCUGACCUCAUGAUCCACCCACCUCGGCCCUCAGCCUCCCAAAGUGGAAAAUUUUAAACUGAUAUAAUGCGUUUCACAUGGUACCCUUGUUUCCCAUGUGACCUGUGCUAUUGCAUACCCUCAAAGCAAUUUUACAUGGUAUCAGAUGAAAAUCCCAGUUUUCUUAAUACUCUCCACAUCUACAACACGUCUUUGGGACCCCUGAUGUCUCAUGAGUCCUGAAGUUUCCUCUAAAUUUUCCAAGAAAGUCUAAACCCGUUCAAGUUAGCUUUGGUGUUUAGAGUAUCCUAGGUGUCUAGAUGUCAGUAACCCAUGGAAGAUGUACCUUGUCAUUUCUACUAACCAGAAAAUGUAAUUAACCAGAAGGCUGCAUUUCUCAACUGUGCACAACAAUGAGCAUUAACUGUAACAAAAUGAUGGUACUCUGAGGCAGUCCUUGGGGCUGGUCUGGAGCAAUGAUCUUGUGGGAACGAAAGAUGAUGGAUGAGAAUUCGUCUCAAGUAAACAAAAUUCUUCCACCAUCUGGAUUGUGGAACUGAAUUGGAGUAGAAUGUCAAACAUACAUGUGUGAAAAUUCCAAGACAGCCUUGCAAUUCUGUGCUGACCAAGUCUUGUUUGAAUUGUCAGAGGCAUCAACUCAAAUUGAUGGAGUCAGGUUUGGCCUGUCCAACUUUCAAUGUGCUGUGCAGUUCAUUUUCUCAGCACAAUCCUAGCUGGUUGUCCUCUCUGUCUGUUGUCUGUUCUCUCUUUAGGGAGAUAAAAUGGAAAGAUGAAAAUGAAUUUUAAAGGAAAUAGGAGUGGAAAUGGAGGAGAUGGAAGAUCCAGUCAAGAUACAAGUGAGAAAAAUGAAAAACAGCCAGGCUAGAAGAGAGGAAAAAUCCGCUAUGAGGCAGCAGAGAUGAAUCGAUGCUGAAAAGCUACAUUUUUGAGAAGAGAAAUUGCAAGGAGAGGGGGAAAUUAAAGAGUGUUGAAUAAAGAGGAGACUAAGAGAUCUGUAAAAUAUUAUUUCUUAGUGUUGAGCUUAUUUCCAAAAUACCAUAUGAGAGGUUAAGCCAGAAAACAGAUUAUUUCUCUUGUUACAAAGAAAUCAUGGUGCUCUCAGGAAACGAGCAGAUCAUGAACACAGCCUGACAGCUGCUGGGUACAGGGAAUGGUUUCCUUUACCGUGUUCCUGCUCAUUUUAGCAAUUCCAGCCCUUUCCAGCUCAGUUUUCCCUUUUACUGGAGUAGCCUCCACUUUUCAUACAAUCACAAAGACACAAAACAAAUAAGUUCUGGGAUCACAACACUGUUUUGUGGAGAUUUUUUUUCUCUCAAAUAUUCUUAUGACAUUUCUAUGAGUUGAGGGGGAGACAGAUAUGUUGUGUAGUGUUGUUUCACAUCUGGAGAAACUGGGGCACAGAGGAGUGUUAGAGGGGAGAGUUCAGUUGCCCUUUGUAGUGCUGAUGAGUGGCGAUGGAUGUGGAGGCCGACAACCAGGUCUUCUCAACAGAAAAAAUUACACUUCCAUCUGUAACCAACUCAUUUUUUUCUCUAUUUUCUAUGAUGGCAAAACAAAAUGGAACCCAAAUUUCACAAAUACGCUAUCCUUAUAAUUUAACCUGCAGGUUUCCAUUUUUGAAAAAUUUAGUUCUAAUUAUAAUAACUUUUACCUCUCAAAAAACUAUAAUACUGCAAUAACUCCAUAAUUCAAAAUGAAAGAGCUGAGGGUAUUGGGAAUAAUAAAAAUAGUAGAGAAUCAGCAAAAAUCAAAAACAAAACACCCUAUAUCUGAAUAAGUAACCAUUUCCAAAGAGCAUAAAAUACUGCUGAAUAUAAUUCAGUCGUGUGUGUUUGUAUGUGUGUGUGUGUGUGUGUGUGUAUGUCAGAGAGCAAGAGAGAGAAUAUGUAAUAGAAAUCAGAUGAACCAAUAGCUAGCUAAUGGCAUCUGCACUUAGCUAACUCUGGUGGGCCAUACCCUACAAAAUGUUGCAAUUGAGAGUUUCACGAACCUUGAUUCUUUUUCAGAUUGGUCCCAAUCUAUGUGUGAACUAAACCCUUCCUGUACAUCCUUGCUGGAAGUUGUCUCAGUGACAUGGCCCUACAUGUCCCAGGAACCCCCCCUUUCUUUGUUCCAGGGCCCUCUCUCCAGUUUUCACCUCAUCUUGGGCCUGAGACUGAGAUGAGACGGGGGAGAGGUCUCAGCUCCACAUUUUCCACAUGUAUGUUAUCACCUAACAUUCCUCAAUGAGCAGCACAUUAGCGAAUGGAGCCUGUUUCAGUCUAAUCGUUUGUGCUCUUAGGAUCUUAAAACCAAUCACUAAUCCAGGUUCAGGAAGAAGUCUGAGGUGCUAACAGCCCAUAAUCGUGAAAAAAAGUCAUCCAUUAUUUUGGGAAGAGAAGGCUGAAGACAGGAGGAGCCUCUCUUAAUUUCCUGCUUUCUAGAACACCAGACAUACAUGAGCCUCAGACCUAACACAUGCACCUCUGAACUUGAAUGUCUCUGGGACAAUGAUUCAUAUUUUUAAAAAAGGAAAUGGGAAUGAUAUAUGACUUGAAAAUCUCAGACGCUGCCCUUCCAAAGGAAACCACAGGGAAUGUGGUAGGAGAUGGAUUCAGUGUCCUCUACCCGGCCUCUAUCUCAUUCCUUUUCUGAUUCUGUUCUCUCCCUGCCGCCUUGGCUCACAGUCCUGGAGGCAGUUCUUCUCCAGGGCCUUCUCCCUGGGCUUCCUACCAUGCUUAGAAAUACUCAUUGGCAUCUUUGGGUUUGUGCUCUGUGGGGCAUUGUGUGAAUCACUUGGUAUAAAUCAUCUAGUUUAAUGAUCGUAACAACCCUGGGAGGUAGAUGUUAUUUCUCCAUUUGUCAGAUGAGGAAAACUGAGGCCCAGAGAGCUUCAGUAACUCAUCCAGGGUUUCAGGGCAAGCAGUGGCAAUGCUGGCUCUGACCUUCAGCCUCCGUGACACUGCUUCUCAGAAUUCACAGACAGUCACGGGCCAGAAGACAAGGAGACUUGGUGUUACUGUGUGAGUUAUGCAGAGGCAAAGAUUUGGAUGUGACCAAAAAGAUGGCACAGGGAAGUUCAAAGAAAUCACACAGCCACAAGGCAGUGGCCUGUCUGGGCUGUUUGGCCUUGGCUGUGAAGACCUCCUCCUGUCCAGGAUCACGCUGAGUAGAAAAGGAAGCCCAUAGUGUCUUCACGUGUUCCCCAGGGUCUGGCCCAGAUGGAACCCCAUGGCCUGAGAGACAGUCUGAGGCCUGAUCACUUGAUCACCCCUCUGUGUUCUUUCAGCUCCUGAUGAAACCAUACCUGCAGGGAGUGCAGGGGCAGACGGGGACUCCGUGAGGGCAGCCGACCAGCGACAGCCUUCAGUUCCGACAAAGACACAUCACAUUGCAAAUGACACUGUGCCAUCUGGUUUCUGUGUUUUGCUGUAACAGGUUAAGUGAACCCCUGGGCUUAAUUUUUCCCUUACUUAGUUCUAUGGCAACAAAGAAAAGUGACUUCUUUUCAUUUCUCAGCUCAAAACUUCCUAAGCUGUGUCUCUUCCUCAACAUCCCUUUGAGAGUCAAGUCUAGAAAUAAAACACAA